CUACCCCUUCUCUCUCCUCCCCUUCCUUGCUCCAUUCCAGGUUACACUCCCAUUUCGCUCUUUCUUUUUCCUCAUUCUUCUCCUGAUUUGAUUGUCUAGGUUUUCGAUUGUUGUCGGUUGUUAAUCAGCUUUAUAUUUAUGGUUGCUUCAAUUUGUUUCCAAGUUGAAAUGAUGAGUUAGUUGGAGAUCUGUCAUGUGUUUGUUCACCUACAUUUGCUUUGAUUGCUAAGCUUGGUUGAAUCUGCAACAUGGCCACCGGACAGCUUUUUUCUAAAACUACUCAAGCAUUGUUUUAUAAUUAUAAACAGCUGCCUAUCCAACGGAUGCUUGAUUUUGAUUUCCUAUGUGGGAGAGAAACACCUUCUGUUGCUGGAAUCAUCAAUCCUGGUUCUGAAGGAUUUCAAAAAUUGUUUUUUGGUCAGGAAGAAAUUGCCAUCCCUGUACAUUCCACCAUUGAAGCAGCUUGUGCUGCACAUCCUACAGCUGAUGUAUUUAUCAAUUUUGCUUCUUUUAGAAGUGCGGCUGCUUCUUCUAUGUCAGCACUGAAGCAACCAACCAUUAAAGUCGUUGCUAUAAUUGCUGAAGGUGUUCCUGAGUCGGACACCAAGCAGUUGAUUGGAUUUGCCCGGGCUAACAAUAAGGUUGUUAUUGGUCCUGCUACUGUGGGAGGCAUCCAAGCUGGAUCCUUCAAGAUUGGGGACACUGCUGGGACUAUUGACAACAUUAUCCAGUGCAAGCUUUACAGGCCUGGAUCUGUUGGUUUUGUUUCUAAAUCCGGUGGCAUGUCUAAUGAACUGUAUAAUUCAAUUGCACGUGUAACAGAUGGAAUUUAUGAGGGUAUUGCCAUAGGAGGAGAUGUUUUUCCUGGAUCAACUCUAUCUGAUCAUGUGUUGAGGUUCAACAACAUCCCACAGGUUAAGAUGAUUGUUGUCCUAGGAGAGUUGGGUGGACGGGAUGAAUACUCCCUUGUUGAAGCCCUGAAACAGGGAAAAAUAAAUAAGCCGGUUGUUGCUUGGGUCAGUGGAACCUGUGCAAGGCUCUUCAAAUCAGAAGUGCAAUUUGGCCAUGCUGGCGCAAAAAGUGGCGGUGAAAUGGAAUCUGCCCAAGCAAAAAAUCAAGCAUUGAGAGAAGCUGGAGCUGUUGUUCCUGAUUCUUAUGAAGCAUUUGAGGGUGCUAUCAAGCAGACAUUUGACAAAUUGGCUGAAGAGGGCAAGAUCACACCAGUGAAGGAAUUUACACCUCCACAAAUACCUGAGGAUCUAAACUUAGCGAUAAAAAGCGGAAAAGUUCGUGCUCCAACUCACAUUAUCUCUACCAUUUCUGACGACCGAGGUGAAGAGCCAUGUUAUGCUGGGGUUCCAAUGUCUUCCAUCGUAGAGCAAGGUCUUGGUGUUGGUGAUGUUAUUUCCUUGCUGUGGUUCAAACGUAGUCUUCCUCGUUACUGUACAAAGUUUAUUGAGAUUUGUAUCAUGCUGUGUGCCGACCAUGGCCCAUGUGUCUCUGGUGCUCACAACACAAUAGUUACAGCAAGAGCUGGGAAAGACCUUGUUUCAAGUCUUGUUGCAGGUUUGCUUACUAUUGGACCUAGAUUUGGUGGGGCCAUUGAUGAUGCAGCUCGAUACUUCAAGGAUGCAUAUGAUCGGAAUUUGACACCUUACGAGUUUGUCGAAAGUAUGAAGAAGAAGGGAAUUCGUGUCCCAGGAAUUGGACACAGGAUCAAGAGAGGAGACAACAGAGACAAAAGAGUAGAGCUCUUGCAGGAAUUUGCUCGCACUCAUUUUCCGUCUGUAAAAUACAUGGAGUAUGCUGUCCAAGUCGAGACUUACACCCUUUCAAAGGCAAACAACUUGGUUCUAAAUGUAGAUGGUGCUAUUGGUUCUCUCUUCCUGGAUCUCCUAUCCGGUAGUGGAAUGUUCACAAAGCAAGAGAUUAACGAGAUUGUUGACAUUGGUUAUCUGAAUGGACUCUUUGUGUUAGCACGUUCAAUUGGUUUAGUCGGGCACACCUUUGAUCAGAAGAGAUUGAAGCAGCCGCUGUACCGCCACCCAUGGGAGGAUGUUCUGUACACAAAAUAAAUUGGUUUCCGAUGAGUCGUUCUGCUUCCUAAAAAGGACUUUUGUGUUCCAUUUUGUUAUACUCUGGUGGUUCUACGCUCUCUACACAAAAUAAAUUAGUUUUCAAUGGGUCGACGUUUUUGUGUUCCAUUUUGUUCUACUGUGGUGGCUCUAAUGAGUCGAGAUCAUCACCGGUGUGUCAUAGUGUUGUAUGUGCUGGUUAUUCUAUGGUUUAAAACUAUUCCUAAUUGUAAGCCUCAAUAGAUAGUUAGAAUAUAAGCCAAUUUAUCAUUCUUUUGAACUAAAUCCCCUUUAAUAUACACCUCUUCCCAAAUCUAGGUUCAAGUUUGAUUAAUUGUUGGGUUUUAUAUUAGAACAUUGGCAAAUUGUAGUGAUAUAAUUGCUUUUCAUUAGCCUUAAGAAUCAUUUUAUGACAAAAUAAGCUUCCAAAUAAA